AUGGCAAGGAGAUUCUGUGCGCCGGCUGGUCUUCUUCUACCUUUCGACUCCUCCACGGUCUUCGCGAACCUCCUGCGGAGCUGCACCGAAUUCGACUCGCUCCAUGGGGUGCGGCGAGUGCACGCCCUUCUCCUCCAGACGGAGUUCUCGACGGAGACCUUCAUCCUCAACCGUCUCGUGGAUAGUUAUGCGAGGUGUGGGUCGGUGGACGAUGCGAGGAAGCUCUUCGACAGAGUGCCCCACAGGAACGUCUUCAGCUGGAACGCAAUGAUCUCUGCGUAUGCCCGGAUGGGCUGCCUCGAGGAGGCGGAAAAGCUGUUCGGGGAAAUGCCCGCCAGGGACCAGUGCUCCUGGAACUCGAUGGUGUCGGGGCUCGCCCAGCACGGGCUUCUGGAGGAGGCCCUCGUCUGCUUCAGCGGGAUGCACGCCGACGACUUCGUUCUCAACGCCUACUCCUUCUCGAGCGCUCUCAGCGCUUGCGGGGGGCUGAAAGACUGUGCAACGGGCAUGCAGAUCCACGCCUCCAUCUCCAAAUCCCCGCUCGUGUUCGAUGUCUUCAUGGGGAGCGCUCUCGUGGACAUGUACGCCAAGUGUGGGAAGCCGCCCGAGGCGCGCAGGGUGUUCGACAGCAUGCCCGAUAGGAAUGUGGUCUCGUGGAAUAGCCUGAUAACGUGCUAUGAGCAGAACGGCCCGGUGAACGAGGCCCUGGAGAUGUUCCGCAGGAUGAUGGAGUGCGAGGUGGAGCCAGACGAGGUCACAUUCGCCAGUGUGGCGAGCGCCUGCGCCACCUUGCUCGCUAUCAGAGAAGGGCUACAGAUUCAUUCAAGAACAGUAAAAAAUGAGAAGCUUCGGGGGGAUCUUGUUCUGGGCAACGCACUGGUGGACAUGUACGCGAAAUGUGGCCGCGUGAGAGAGGCGCGCUACAUGUUCGACGGAAUGGCUGUGAGAAACGUCAUCUCUGUAACUUCCAUGCUCAGCGGGUACGCCAGGUCGGCGAGCGUGGAGGCCGCUCGGUCCAUGUUCACGCGGAUGACCGAGAGAAACAUCGUGGCUUGGAACGCCCUGAUCGCGGGCUACACGCAGAACGAGGAGAACGAAGAGGCCCUGAAGUUGUUCCGCCAGUUGAAGAGGGAGGCCUUCUGGCCGACUCCCUACACCCUGGGGAACAUCCUCAGUGCGUGCGCCAACCUCGCGAAUCUGCCCCUGGGCCAGCAAUCCCACGCCCACGUUCUGAAACACGGCUUCGGUUCUGAGCCAGCACCGGAGUCGAUCACCUUCGUGGGGAACUCCCUCAUCGACCUGUACUUCAAAUGCGGGGCGCCGGCGGAGGCGAUGAGGGUCUUCGCGACGAUGCCGGCGAGGGACCGCGUCUCCUGGAACGCCAUGAUCGUCGGGCUCGCGCAGAACGGGCGCGCCGAGCAGGCGCUUGCUCUCUUCUCGGAUAUGGCCGGCGGGGGCGAGAAGCCCGACCAUGUGACGAUGAUAGGCGUGCUCUGCGCCUGCAGCCACGCCGGCCUGGUCGAAGAGGGCAAGCGGUGCUUCAUGUCGAUGAGCGAGCAGCAUGGGCUAAGCCCCGCACGGGACCAUUACACCUGCAUGGUGGACCUUCUGGGCCGCGCCGGCCGCCUCCGGGAAGCGGCGGCGCUGGUGGCGGAGAUGCCAAUGGAGCCCGAUUCGGUCCUUCUGGGCUCCCUCCUAGCGGCCUGCAGGACCCACGGGGAGGUUGAUUUGGGGGAGUGGGCGGCGAUGAGGCUGCUCGAGCUGGAUAAGGGAAGCUCAGGGCCAUACGUGCUCCUCUCCAACAUGUACACGGAGGUGGGGAGAUGGGAGGACGCACUGCGGGUGAGGAAGAUGAUGAAACGGAGGGGCGUGGCGAAGCAGCCGGGUUGCAGCUGGAUCGGGAUGGAGGAGGGGAAGGUGCACGUGUUCAUGGCAAGGGACAGGGGUCACCCCAGAAGGAAGGAAAUUUACAGAGUUCUUAAAGCUCUCAGACUGCAUAUGAGGAUAAUAGAUCCGUACAGUGAUGAAAGAUGA